UCUUCGAAAGGUCGGCAGGGUCAGUGGAAGUGAUCGGCGAAUAUUUUAAUUUUUCAAUAAAAUUCUGACACUUCCCUUUUAAUACUCACGCAAAGAUGUUCUCCCGCGUUCUGAAGCCCGUCGGCACACUCGCCGUCCAAAAUGGAGCUAAGAGCUUCUCCACAUCCCCUCAGAGGAAUUUCAAAGUCGUGGUGGCGGGUGCGGCUGGUGGCAUUGGACAGCCCCUGGCCCUGCUGAUCAAACAGAACCCGCUGGUGACCCAGCUGGCUCUGUACGACCUGGCGCCGGUCACGCCUGGCGUGGCCGUGGACCUGUCCCACAUGAACACCGUGGCGAAGGUCACUGGCCACAAGGGCACUGAGGAACUGCCUGCUGCCAUCAAAGGUGCCGACCUUGUGGUGAUUCCCGCCGGCGUGCCCCGCAAGCCCGGCAUGACCCGCGACGACCUGUUCAACACCAACGCCUCCAUCGUCCGCGACCUGGCGCAGGUGGUCGCUGAGCAGUCCCCAAAGGCCAUCAUGGCUAUCAUCACCAACCCCGUCAACUCCAUGGUGCCUAUUGCCUCCGAAGUCCUCAAGAAGGCUGGCUGCUACGAUCCCAACCGCGUCCUCGGCGUCACCACCCUCGACGUGGUCCGCGCCGCCGCCUUCAUCGGCGAGAUCAAUGGCGUCGACCCGCAGUCCGUCCAGAUCCCAGUCAUCGGAGGCCACUCCGGAGUCACCAUCAUCCCCGUCCUCAGCCAGAGCAAGCCCGCUGUCAAGCUCACCGACCAGGGCAAGAUUGAAGCUCUCACUAAGAGGAUACAGGAGGCUGGCACUGAGGUGGUGAAGGCCAAGGCCGGCGGCGGCUCCGCGACGCUCUCCAUGGCGUACGCCGGCGCGCGUCUCGCCAACGCUGUUCUGCGCGGUCUAAACGGCGAGUCCAACGUGGUAGAAUGCGCGUACAUCAAGUCGGAGCUGACCGAGGCGUCCUACUUCGCCAACCCCGUCGUCUUCGGCAAGAACGGCGUCUCCAAGAACCUCGGCUACGGCUCCCUUAACGCCUACGAGCAGCAGCUGCUCAAGGAAGCCAUCCCCGAACUCAAGAAGAACAUCGUCACCGGCGAGAAGUUCGUUAACAAGUAGACGGUGAAGUUAGCUACGUGUCGUUGUGACUGGUUCAAGUUUUUGAAACUUUAGCCGUUCUAAAUACAAAAAUGUCUUUGUAAAAGACUUCUGGGUGGCUAGAGGACCGUACGAAAUGGAAACUGUGAUUUUGUAGCGGUAACAAUAUUGGGACUAGGUUAAAUUUUCUUAACCUUCAUACCUAAAUAUUAGCAAAUUUUAACUAGUCACAACGACAUUAUAAAAUAAGUAGAAGGCCAGGCGGAUCAACUUAAGUUUAAGUUAAUUAAGUGUCGACCGUUACUAAAAUAUUUAUUUAAAUUAUUACUAUCAAGUUUUUUUAAAGAAAAUUUUUUUUAAUCAUUUUUUUAUCUGGAAUUGUUAUAAGCUGAUACCAUAAUACAGUAUUGAAUCACUAUUAUCCAGUCUGGCCCAUUGGUAGCGUGGUAGCUAUAAAACCCCCGUAUAUACGAAUACAUUUAGUAUUUUCAAUAUUUUCAUCUGCAUUUCUAGCAAAUUUCGAUGCCUCCAGACCCUUAAAAUGAAUGUUUUUGUAGUGUCUAAGGGUAUUGAUAUUAAACCAAGUAUUGUGGUCGAGGUAUUACGUAGCACCGAUUGCCAAAGUUACCAUGUUUGCGUGAGGACGAGUGUUUGUAAAUAUAUUGAGUGCACGAUGUGGUAAUAAAAGUUACUACAUUUAA